AUGUGUAUCGCAAGCCUCAUCGCGACCCUAUCGAUCGCUACUGCGGCGUAUGCUUUCUUCACGGGCAAACAUGGACUACCGCAGCAAAAGAGCGCAGCCGCUCCAGAUGUGUCAGCCCCGGUACAGACGAACGACUACAUUCUCAAUCCGGAUUGGAACUACUCGGACUCUCCGCGACGGCGAGAGUACUCUUGGACAAUCAGAGAUACGAUUCACAAUCCGGAUGGAAUCUACCGACCAAUGAUGCUGGUGAAUAACCAGUUCCCCGGUCCGCUAAUUGAAGCGAAUGAGGGCGACACUAUCGUCGUGCACGUUGACAAUCAGGCUGACAAUGCCACAUCGAUACACUGGCACGGCAUCUAUCAGAUCGGGACACCUCACAUGGACGGUACAGUGGGCAUCACGCAAUGUCCUAUCGCGCCUGGAACGAACUUCACAUACGAGUUCACGGUAUCGGGGCAAAGCGGAUCAUAUUGGUGGCAUUCUCACCAAGGAGUGCAAUCGUCGGAUGGCUUGCAUGGUCCGCUGAUCAUUCACGCCCGAGAUGAGCGAGAAAAGCAGAAGAUAAGCUACGACACAGAUCGUGUGGUAAUGCUUUCCGAUCAUUACCACGACCUGUCUUCUGCCCUUCUGUGGCAGUAUCUCAAACCGGACCAAGAAAAUGCGGAGCCAGUCCCCGUAGGUGGCCUUCUGAACGGUCGGUCAACCAGGGACUGUUCUAUAUUUCCUGACCGGAAAUGCGACAACACUUCUUCGCAUGUCGGUAUUCCUCAAAUUGACCUUGCACGAAACCAGAGCCACAGGUUGCGCUUGAUAAACGUGGGCGCCUUUGCAGAGUUCCAGGUCCAAAUCGAUGAACAUCAACUGGCCGUUACAGAAGUCGAUGGCACGGAUGUACAGCCCGAGACAUUCCACACAGUCAACAUCAACCCAGCUCAGCGGUAUAGUGUCAUUGUGAACGCUCGCGAUACCUCUGCGGAUACUUUCUGGUUCCGGGCACGAAUGGUCACGACAUGCUUUACCGAUCCUCCGCCUACACUGGAUGCAGAUUUGCUGGCCGUGGUGAGGUAUGAUCCGGAGAUAGAUGUGGCACCUACAUCCGCAGACUGGCAAGAGCAGCUCGCCCAAGACUGCAAAGAUCUGGAUACGACGAAGCUUGUGCCUGUGGACGUUGUUCAAGCGCCCGCCGAAGCAGAUGCGUUCUUCUAUUUGCGAUCCAACUUCGAGAUUGGCAAGUAUCGGCUGAGCCGCGGCUUCUUCAACGAAAGCACAUUUCGACCCAAUGUCAGGUCGCCCAGUCUGCUGCGGACCAUCGAUGGCUUAGCAUCAGCCAACGAGACCUUUUCCGGUUCUGCACGCCAGCAAGCAGCAUUCGUCAACGAUGCUGCUUUCGAUACGUCCCGCGAAUUGGUCAUCCAGACCACCGGCAUCCAGACAAUAGACAUCUUGGUGUCCAACUUCGACGAUGGUAGCCACCCAUUGCAUCUCCACGGCUACAAGUACUUCGUCCUUGCCCAAGGUCAUGGCUAUCCUCCUCUGACUGCCGUUGGAGUGGCAAUCACACGCGAGAACCUUGCUCCUCUUUAUGAUAGCUUAGAUCUAUCAAAUCCUCUCCGUCGAGACACGGCUUCGAUCGAGGCUUUUGGGUGGACCUUGAUAAGAGUGGUGGGGAACAAUCCGGGUGCGUGGGCGUUACAUUGCCAUAUCUCAUGGCAUUCGGAAGCCGGGUUGGUUAUGCAGCUUCUGACGAGCACGGAUGAGUUGGAAAAGAUGCAGGUUCCGGAGGCGAACCUGCGAUUGUGUGUGCAGGAUGGGGUCGAAAGGGGCAUGGGUCCGGAUGACGAAGAUUUUAGAGAUCUUGCAUGA